AUGUCCUACCCAAGGCGACAGUUGCAGACGACACCGUUUGCCAAUCAGGUUGAGUCUAUUGAUCGUGCUGUGAACGCCGCCAAAGGUAACGGCGUCUACUCAACCUACUCAACAACAAACUACCGUCAAGGAGGUACACAUCACAAAUACGCAGUGGCGGCAGUGGCGGCAGCAGCGGCAAUUCACCAUCAGCAGCAGUCUUACCCCUACCCUCAGCCUCGCAAAACAUACGCAUACCUGCCUCAAGAACUGCCCCAGCAAUACAUACUGCCGCUUUCAGUACAAACUCCCACUUUGUUGUCACAGUCACAACUUGGUUUUGAGCUGGCUCUGCCGCCAUCCAUGUUUUUGCUGGAAUCGCCCCUUAAGUCGAUCUCGCUGGAGUCAUCUACAAGCCCUCCCAAGUCUGGUAGGUUUGCUCCCUCUCAACUGGCGUUUCCAAAAGCUGGUUGCACCAACUCGCAGGCACUGAAUCCUUGGGGACCGUUGGUCACCACCUCGACUACAAAAACGGGAUCAAUUUGGGGUUCUGGGCUGAUGUGGUGA